UGCGGGUGCUGGCGACGGUGCCCCUGACACACACCACAUUGGACAAGGCAGUGUAGUGGAUGGCGGCGCCACAGCUCACACUCUAAGGUGCCGGCCGACACAGAGACUCCCGGGAAAUACAGAUCAGCGGGGCACUCGGGGCCUCCUCCCCUCGUCCAGGAUGGAUGACCUGCUGACGUGCACGGUGUGUUGUGAGCAAUACCAUGAGAAGGCUCGACACCCUGUACUGCUGCCCCGCUGCGGCCAUUCCUUCUGCCGCCCCUGCGUCGCCUUCUUGGUCAAGAAUGGGUGCGUCAUUUGCCCCAGCUGCCGCAUGGACCAGCGGGUGGAGACGGCUGACCACCUACCCACAGAGUUCAGUCUCCUGGCCAUCACCAGUGUCCAGCAGGUCACCAAGAUGGAGACGUGUCAGCGGCACGACGUGAAGCUGUCAUUCUGGUGUAAGACGUGUUCAGAAGCCGCCUGUGGGGAGUGCUUGUUCGAGGAUCAUCCAACCCACUCCCACAACGUCCUCAAGGCAACCACAUACAUCGCGGAAAUGAAAGAUUCAGUAACAGAUAUCACCGACAAAUUCAUGGACGCUCUUGAAGCGCGGGAAAGCUGGUACCACCGACAGAUAUUCCAGUGUACCAAGACGAUCAACGACGCCAUCCGCACCAUUAGCGUCCUCAGGAAGGAUAUGGAUGAUGCCAGGGAUCUCAUAAAGGGCGUGAAGAUCGUGGAGGGGAUUUCACCUACCACAGCCCUUAGCGACGCCUCCAAGUGCCUCGGCCUCAAGUGGAAUCUAAAGGACUGUAAUCUGGGACUGAGUAGAACCACAGGAAAGAAAGAAGAAAAAACCGCCGAGGAGGAGAAAGAGAAAGAUGAGAGCGAGACCAAGAACAAGGCUGAUGAUAAGGAUAAUGACGAGAAGAAAAAGGAAAUGAUUGGGAAGGAAAAGGAAAUUGAGGAGUCGGAAACUUUGACUGAAGAGGAAAAGAAAAAACGUAAAAAAAUGCUCCGAGUUAAGGAAAAGUUGGCUCUAGCUGCUGCGGCCGCAGAGAAGUCGACUUCAGAUUCAAAAGACGAAGACAAGAAAAAGAAGAUAGAUGACAAAACAGUUGGUAAGGAGAAGACAGAUGAUGUGAUAGAGAAAAACAGCAAAGUCAACGAAGUACAAUCGUUGACAAUCGGUGCAGCUAGAACGAAACUCCUGGCGACGAAAUACGCUCCAGUGGCCCGAGAGCCUUCCGUAACUCCCGAGCGAGAAGUGAAAACCCCAGGAAACAAGCCAUCACCUGCUCCGGACAAGGGAGAUAAAGAGGAACUAAACAAAGAAACGAGCGACAAUAAAGAAAUAGAUGCAACAAAACUUCAAACAAAAGAAGAAACAGAUGGAACAAAACCCAAAGCAACAGAAGAAACGGGCGCCAAGAACUCAGAAACGGCAACAGAAAACGAAUCAAAGAAUACACAAGAAUCCCCUUCAAGCUCACAUACCUGUAUAGAAGCGGCAGAUAAACAGAAGGAAGAAAAAACUGUGAUGAAGAAGGAGCCAGCUACAGGAGUGACCAAGAGACCCAAACUAGGGAGAAUGGCUCGUCAGGCCCUAAAGAGAUCCCAGACUAUGAAUUUCCAACAACCACCCACAGCUGACGAUAACUCUGCCGCAGACUCCUCCGACCAAACACAGUCGGACAACAUCAAAGGCCUAGACUUAGAAACUUCAAAACUCACUAAAAACGAGGAGCCGUCGGUGGAUAAUAAGGAUAUUGAGGAACAAGCAAAUAGCAAGACGAAGACAGAAGAGAGGGCAGAAGAGGAUAUAAAAGAUGAGAGGGAACAACCAGAAAACACAAACAAUCACACUCAAGCAGACAAGCCAAUGUUUGAAAUGGAACCCGAAGAGAAGGAAAGGAUUGCCACUGAACUUCUGCUGGUACCUUGUCUGACUGUGAUCGUGGAGGGUGUCGGGGGUCGCCUUGCUCACGUCACCUGGGAACCCAAGGGCCUCCACGUCUACUGCCACCAGUAUCAGGAGCUGCCAUAUGACGUUAGCAUCAAGUGGAACGUACUUCAUGCCUUCUUGCCUACCAAGUCACCUGUGGUCUUCUUGGACGUUGGGACCGAGAAGAAGAUACUGGGUCGUGUCUACAUCACUCUGUGGGGACACCUCCGUCGAGCGACAAACUUCCUUCACUUGUGUUUAGGAGAUCGUGGCCCAUCCUAUAGGAACACCCUGUUCCUCGAAGUUCUCAACCCCGACUCGCCAGGGGAGAGGAUCAAAGGUGGGGACUACGACUACAACAACGGGCGGGGAGGAGAGGGACUGCUGGAUGAUUUGGAGCGUCAAGAGGGCUAUUCGAUGCCCAUGGAGGCCGGGCUAGUCACGGCUGGGAACCCCGCCAGGAAGGAACAGGAUUCACAGUUCUACAUCUGCACGGAGGACGAUCCUGACAGGAACUUCGCGUGUCCAUUCGGUCGUGUAGAGUCUGGGCUGUACGUGAUGAAGGAGGCGGUGUGGUUGGUGGUCACCCAGCAGGUCUGGAUCAGAGACUGCGGUGUGGUGGUAGACGUGCCCAAGUUCUAGCUGAAUAUCCCACACCAUCACACUCUGUGGUGACAAUAAAGUACACCGAGCCUCCCUAGAUACCUUGAAGACAUUCUGGGUCACAAGUUGACUGACACCCUGUACACGUUUGAAGGACUCCAAGGUGACUGGAUGACACCAUGGAAACGUUUGCACAAUUCUGUUUUUAGGAUCACCUUACAAGCCCCUGAGAGCUUGGAUCACUUGUCUCAAGACACCAGCUAUAGAGGCUUGAGCACUAGACAGUCAAACGAAAUUCUACUCGAGUCGACCUACACUGGACUGGGAACUCCGACACCCUGGCUGAUUCGCACCCAACGAAAACGAUGUACAGUAAAUAAGUAAUUUCUUCGUGUGUGUAAUAAUAAAACGAGUGUCAAUAUGUUUCAGUAUAUACAGUAUACAGUGUUGUAGAUAGAUAACUUGAUGGAGACAUGUUGGAGAUCUACGUUUACGUCUGUUGAAGAAGAUUCGUAUUUAGGUCAGUUUUGAAGAUCUCUUUAUACAACCUACUGCGGGAGAUUACCAGUAGGAGGUGAGGGCUUGUUGGUCUCCCAGUCCUCUCCUGCCGCUGCCGAGGUCCUCUGGAGUUCGCCUCAGUUCUGUGUUAGGUUGGCUGAAAGGAUCAGUAAAUAUUUUUUUAC